GAUGUUUUGAAGUCAGGGACCCCAGCACUUCCGUGCCAAACCGCCGUCCGCUGCGAUGGACUGGUCCAAAUGUUGUGCCUCGAGCUGGUCGUCGAGCCUGGCGGCCUGCUGCAGCAGCGACCAGCGAGACGCGGCGGAUGACGCCGUGAGUCCCUCGCUGAAGGGUUUGCCUCAGAUGCAGAAGCCCACGGCGGAGCCCAUGCCGUUGCCCGAGGAGGACGAGUUGCAAGAGCCUGCUGCCACCUCCUGGUUUGGCGCCGCAUCAGAGCCGGUACCGGAGCCAUUGCCCUCUCCACCUGAGAUGCAGAUCAGUGGCUCCACCUCCAGCAUAGGUGUGAGGUACACGGCACACGUUGACAGCAGCAAGUCGCAGCAGAUCGGCGUAGACUUCGAGGUGUUGGACCAUCAAAACUGCUUGGUCUCGAUGGUGAAGAAGGAGGGGCAAGCAGCUGAGUGGAACGCUUCUCGCUCCCCCAAGGAGCGCAUACGGCGGUACGACUGCCUGCGCCUGGUGAACGGCGAGGGAAAGGGCUCCACUUCCAAGGAGUUGAUCGCCAUGGUCUCCGAGUCCCAAGCUUCGGCGGAGCUCACCCUGGAACGUCCCACCGUGAUCCAGUUGCGGGUGAAGCGGAACGGCUCCAAGCUGGGCCUGGCGGUGGCCGCUUCCAAGAGCCACCUAGGACUUCUGGUCCGAGGUGUGGAUGCCAAUGGAUCCAUCCUGAAACUGAACGAGGCGCAGGAUGUGGACUACAUCGCGCCCGGGGAUCGGAUCGUGGCGAUCAAUGGAGAACAGCUCUCAUCCCAACAGCUCGCCAAACAGUUGGCGGCGGAUGAGUACGAGCUGACCAUCUUCAGGUAUUUGCCUGAGUGAUGGUCUCAUCGUAGCAGGAACAGCACUCUCGGACCAGCCCUUCCUGAGUCGAGUUUCAUUUCUUCGGGGCCCU